UUUGUCGCUUGGCUUCCUUUGCCUGUCAGCUGUACUGUCUACGACAACAAUAACUGCCAGGAAGAUAUUGGAAGAUACUUGUGCUGCAGUCUCUGAGAGGAAGGAAGGAAGACAUUAAGAGAUUGUUGGACAACUCAGAUGAAAAGGAGCGAGUGGUGAUGCACAAUGGAGGAUUUCAGGCGGACAUACCUUCGUCUGUGUAAGGAGAGCGGUGUGGAGCCUCAGGAGAGCGUGGUGGGCCGGCUCCAGGGGGGGGGGGCUCAGGGGUCCAGCCUGGACCUGAGUGGACAGAGCCUGUCUGCAGAGACCUGCUCCGUGCUGGCCAGGGCCUUCCAAAGAGACACCGUCUUCACAGAGGUGCUGCUCAGUGACUGUAUGCUCAGCGAGGAAGGUGCAAAAGUACUUCUAAGUGGACUGUCAGGCAACACAACUGUAAAAGUCCUGGAUCUGAAGGGUAACAACCUGAGAUCGACAGGGGCUGAGGUGUUGGGAAAGCUGUUGGCACUUAACAAGACUCUGCGCAGGCUGGUGUUGGAGUGGAACGCUCUGGGCGUGUGGGACGAAGCCUUCUCUCUCUUCUGCGAUGGUUUGGCCUCCAACAGCGUGCUGACACAGCUGGACCUGCGCAACAAUCAGAUCAACCACCACGGAGCGUCCGAGCUCGCACUGGCACUUAAACGCAACACCACGCUGCAAGUGCUGGACCUGAGGUGGAACAACGUUGGUCUGCUGGGCGGCCGGACCCUGCUGGAGGCUCUGCAGCAGAACAAGAGCCUCACACAGCUGGAGAUGGCAGGGAACAACAUACCGAGUGACACCCUCAAAGCACUUGAGCAGACCUCAGGACACAACUCAGAGCGACAGAGCGGCCUGAGAGAGAGCCGCAGCCGGACGCAGGUCCUCGGCAAGGAGAUUCAGAUUCUGAAGGAGGAGAAGGGGCGCCAGUUCCUAAGCCUCAUGGAAACCAUAGACAGACAGAGGGAGGAGAUGGGACGCUCCAGUGGGUCUGCCUCCAUUCAGGUAGGCCAACUCCAGGAAGCUCUGAAUGAGAGGAAGUCAGCGAUCAACUCCCUCACUGCCAAACUACAGAUGACGGAGGCUGCCCUCGCCCUCUCGGAGCAGAAGAACCACAACCUGGGAGAGCUGCUGACACGAGUGAAGGCUGAGAAAGAAGAGCAGAGGGAGCGACAGAGCAGAGAAAGGAGGAAGGAGCAGGAGGACAAUGCACUCAGAGAGGGCAAACUGCUCAGAGAGACCCAAAACCUGUCCGACACCAAAGUCCAACAGAUGAAUAAAGUGGAGGAGCUGGGGCGCAGGUGUAAGUCUCAGCAGCAGCAGGUCUUUGAGCUGAAGCAGGAGCUGACCAACAGCAGUGCCGAGCUCAAGCUGCAGCUAGCACAGGCAGAAGACCGUCUGGAGAUGGAGAAGCGGAGGUCCAAGCAGGCUCUGCAGGACAGUGACAGUCUCCGCCAGAAAGAGGUGGAGCAAUUGAAUCGUCAUCUGGAAGAGUGUGAGAGGACUCUGCAGGAACGCAUCUUCAAACUGGAGGGACAGCGGAUACAACUGGAGGAGGAGCUGAGUAAAGCCAGAGCGGUGUGUGUGACAGAGAGAGCUCAGGCAGAGGAGGAGCUGGGGAGAGUGCGAGCUCAAGUUCGUCUGGAGGAGCAGGAGCACGUGUCCUCUGUGGAGGAGAAGCUCCGCUGUGUGCGCUGCAGCCUGCAGGAGGUGCAGCUCCACUCCUCGCAGCAGAAGCAAACCAUCUCUGAGCUGCAGGCCAAGAACAGCCAGCUGAGCGUGGGGGUGGACGGACUGAGGCGCCGCACGGAGGAGCUGCAGCAGGAUCUGUCGGGGAAGGAUCAGGAGAAGGUGGCUGCAGUGAGCCAGGUGAAGGUGGAGCUGCAGGAGCAGAUGGGACACCUUCAGGCAGAGAGGACGGCUCAGGGGGGCCUGAGGGAGAAGAUCAGCGCUCUGGAGAGAGAGAUUAAAGUGCUCAGCAGCAGCCACAGAGAGGUGCUCCUGGACAAAGAGAGUGAGAUGUCCUCCAUGCUGGAGAAGCUCCGUCUGAAGGAGGCGGAGAUCCAGAGGAUGAGGGAGGACGAAGCCAACCGAGCCAGCUACCUGCAGUCCGCCAUCCUCACAUACGUCCAGGGCUCGCCUCUGGGACACUACAGCAGCCCCAAGAAGUGACCCCCAAGACCACCUCUGAGCCCUCAGGACCGUCUGCAGAAUACAAAUAAAUCGUUAUUGUCCUGACAUGAAACAUUUGGAAAACUCAGAAGAAUCAUGAGUGUUCGGGGACAUUGGUGCGGGGCCAUAUGACUGUGAGCUGCAAACAUACUGUACCUUACACAAUGUGCAGACCCAGUCAAGAAAGGGUGACGUUUGGAGGAUAUUCAUGGUCCCCAGAGAAGGAAUAUGACAUGCAUACAUUUGGAAGCAUUUUUUGAUCUUUAUUUGGUAAAUUAAUUAACUUUUAUGUCUUUUGUUCCAUCUACCCUUUUAUUGUGUAAAACAACUUGCCAGCUGGAUGAGAUUAUUACCUGUUUCAAAAUACCGUGUUUUUAUCCUUCUACAGGUUAAGCGUCAGGUUUUAUUCAUUACUCUAAACAUCGAAAAGGGGGUAAAGACACUAAAGGGUGUCUUAUGUCUACCAUGCCAUGUACCUUUAACUUUCUAGAGGUGCAAGAAGUGUUUUGAGCCUUCAGUAAAGUCUGUCUUAUAAGAAAAUACUGGAUCCGAGACUAAAAAGCACUUGGAAAUAUAUUUGAAUUGCUUUGACCACAGCCCUGUCUUAAUGCUUUACAUUUUCUUGUAUCAUUGCCAACACAUGCCAUCUCUCGUGUCUUUAGCUCUCCCAUUAACUCUGUGUAGUGUACUGUCCUUCAAAUGGACCGUGCGUCAACAUUUCCAUCUGUUUGCAGCCCAUUGUGUUCUCAUUCUUCUUCUCUCCAGUCUAAAUGAGUUGAAGACACUCCAGUGUUUACAUACAGAAUGAGAUUUGCUUCAAAUAUGCCUUAAUAUGUUAUCAUAUCUGUCACACCAGAGGCUGCCUCUCUGCAGUUCAGAUAUAGAGAGCAUUACACUGAUUCACAACAUGUCUGUUGUUUUUACAAAUGAUUUCAUGAAGGAAGUCUGUCAAAUUGAACUCCUGAUUCAGUCUUCAGACAAAUUGCUGUUUUAUAUCUUCAUAUUGUUUCAGAUAUAUUUUAAGGUGCUUUUACCAUUUGUACAUAUCAUCUAAAUGUGGUAGUUUCUGAACUAAAUCUCUUGAUUUUCUUAAUGUGUGCAUAAUUUAGCAGUUGAUCUAGAUUAGUCUAUAAUGCCAUUCAACAUUUAACAGUACACUAGUCAGUGUGUUGUGUGUUAGUGGGGUGGGGAUGUAUGAGGUCAUUGGGUGUUUGAAUUACUGCCAAAGAUAUUUGACUGUCAAGAUGGUUCAGGCCCAUUUAAAACCAUUGAUAGUCACUAUGGAGGAACCUUCACCGUUGUGUCUGCCUUAUGGGAUCGUCAUAAAAGUGUAUCGUAUUGGUAGUUACAUUUAAAACAUGAAUACAUAUCCCGGAAUAUGCUUACUUAUUUAUAUAUGAUUUAAAAAUUAAGACAUUUAAAACACAAUUCAGUCAUCUAGUAGUACAAUAAAAACAUAUUAUAUU